ACAAAUAUCUGCCUAUGUCUAAUAAUUGUCAGACACAAUAUCUUGUACAGGAACUGAUUUAACUCAUUUACGCAGCGCAAAUGAACGUUUAAAGCCUGGCAACAGCGGGAAUUAAUAUGCAAUGUGAACUGUGAUGAUUUUUGCAGUAAUAUCAGCAUUGCUUUUACCUGUCAGCCCGGAAUUCUUAAGUGUGACAGUGAUGAUGAUGAUGGUGGUGAUGAUGCAUACCGAGGAUGAACUGACCACUGCAGCAGCCACUGGGAACAUGGACCGUGUUCAGUAUUUAUUGUCUAUGGGGGUGCAGGUGAACGGCGUUAACAAAUUUGGAAGAACACCUAUACAGGUGAUGAUGAUGGGGAACACAAGGUUGGCGAACAUGCUGCUUGAAUAUGGAGCAGAUCCUAACGUGCCUGAUCCCGGGACAGGCAGCACUCCUCUACAUGACGCUGCCAGAACCGGAUUCAUGGACACAGUGCGGCUUUUAAUCCGCUUUAACGCCGAUCCUAAUGCAACGGAUCACAGGAAUUUCCGCCCCGUGGAUGUGGCACAACAGACGGGCCACGUGGACGUAGUUGAAUUUCUCAAUCGCUUUUAAAUGCGACCUUUAUUAUUUGUAUUUAUUACCUCAUAAAAAGUAUAUCUGAAGUAUAUAUGUGCAGUACUAUUGUUAGGGAUAAUUACAGUGGACAUCUUAUUGUAAAUUAGAUUGCAUAAUUUUCAGUCGUUAAACAUAUCAAGUAUAGCCUACAUUUGAAAAGUUUUCAUUGAGAUCAUUUGGGCUGAUUGUUGUGCAAUUGCUGUGCAUUGAUUUAAAUAAUAAUAAUAAUAACAACAAUACAUUUUCAGUUCUUUCUUAUAUGAGGCAUAAAUGUUAUUUCUAAAAGUAAAUACAGAAACUGAAUAAUGCGUUCAGAUAAAAAUGAUUGAGCAUAUUUAAAUAAGUUAAUAAUAUGAUAUAGUAGACUACUGAUAAUAUUAUUACCACAACCACCCCUCUGAAAAGUCGAUCAAAUGGGCUGAUUGCAAUGUGGACUAACAGCUGCAACCCCAAAGCAACAUUUUAGCGCGUGCACCAAUUAACGCUUGUACUGUUAUUGAUGUCAGCUAUACAAACUACUGCAAAAUAUGUACUCUACAAACUACAUUUGAAUUCAUUUUUAAAACUUGA